GAAGACGAGGAGGCUAUGUUUAGCGCUGUUCGAUCAUCCGGGGCCUUCAGCCGGGGCUCCGCAGCAGCAGCAGCAUCCACGCAGCAGCAGCAGCAGCCUAAUACAGCAGCAGCGCAGCAGCAGCAGCAAACAUCUGCGGCAACUGACGGAUCACCUGCAAUCUCCUGGAGAGCCUCAUCAAAUGCAAAUAACAAAGAUGAGCAGCAGCAGCAGCAGCAGCAGCAGCAGCCUAGCCCUAUGCGAGCUGCUGCAUCAGGGGGUACUUCAAAUAGGUUUCCUGCUUUGAGUUUGUCGCGGGUUUAUUCGGGCGGCGGAGGUGACGGUGCACAGGGAAGAAAUGAAGACAAAGGACAGCAGGGCCGAGGCAAGAAAAAGAGCGGAGACAGUUCUUCUUCUUCGCUUAAGUCUGGUGAUAGAAAGCCUCAAAGCAGCAGCAGCAGCAGCAGCAGCAACAUGCUUGCAGAUUCUGCUGCGCGACAGCAGCAGCAACAGAGUAAUGAGAGCGCGAAGGGGACAGCUUCAUCUCCAUCUGCUGCUGAGGCAGCAGCAGCAGGCGGUACUUCUGCUGCUGCUUCCGAUGCUCAGCAACAACAGCAGCAGCAGCAGGGCGCAGCAGCAGCAGCACCGGAAGGCGCGUCCCCCACAUCUAGCAGCAGCAGCAGCAGCAGCAGCAAGAAGUGCUUCCAAUUUAACCCCAACGCGAACAGCUUUACCCCUGCUACUCCCUCGCAUGCAGCAGUAGCAGCUGGGUAUCGUUUUGCUGCUUCUGCUGCGAAUACAGCUGCUGCAGCAACAGCAGCAGCAGCAGCAGCAGCAGGUGCAAGGCCCCCGCAGCUGUUUCCUGCUGCUGUUCCUUUAGUAGGGGCUGCUGCUGCAGGCGCAGCAGAAGCGAGAGAUAAGGCGGGCAGCAGUGGCGGGCAGCAGCAGCAACUGCAGCAACAGCAGCUUGCUGCAGCAGCUGCAGCAGCAGCAGCAGCAGCACGGGCUCAUCCACAGUCGCUUGCAGGGGGUGCUGCGGGUGUGCCGAUGCCUCCACCUUUAGGUAUGUAUGGGUCAGCAGCAGCAGCAGCAGCAGCAGCAGCAGCAGCAGCAGCAGCAGGCGGUGUUGGGCAGACAUUUGCGGGUCCCCCUGCUACCCCUGGAAGCGUGCUUGGAGAUGCAGCAGCAGCAGCAGCAGCAGCAGCAGCAGAAGCUUCUUUAAUUGUUGAUGGUGUUGCUCUUGGCGGCUCCUUUACCCCUGAAAGUUCUUAUGCACAUCCGGGCCUACCUAUGACUAUGGCGUUUGGGGCUUUCCCUGGGGGUUUGCAUGCACCUUCACGUCAGCAGCCGUGGAGACCGCUGCUGCCUCAGCCGAUGCCUUUGGGGGCCCCCGGGGGCCCUCAUAGAGAAACUUCUGUAAAGCUGUCUGUCUUUAAUACUGCAUUUGAAGGGAGGGAAGCUAACCGUCAUAUAGGGUCUCCUCGCUCUCUCGCCCCUGGGGCUUUUCUUAGUGCUGCAGCAGCAGCAGCUGCUGCUGCUGCUGCUGCUCUUGCAAUGCCUCUCAAAGCAGACAGCCCGGAUUGGUCGCCAGUGGUGCGGCUGCAGCGACCUUCAUUGUCGCCUUCGCCUCUGUAUGGAUUUGGUCAGCCGUUGCUGCUGCAGCAAGCAGCACUGGGGGCCCCUCCAGGGGCCCCCAGUGCGUUGCCUUAUCCUGUGAUGUUUGCUGCUGCACCGCAGCUGCCGCCAGGACAUCCCUAUGCUUUCUUGUCUGCUGCUGCUGCUGCUCCCCCGCAGCAGCAGCAGCAGCAGCAACCGCCACCCCCACCGCAGCAGCAGCAGCAGCAGCAGCAGCAGCAUCCUCCGGCCCAUGGUGGCAAUACAGGGAAGCAGCAAAGACAUCACCAGCAAGGUGGAGGCUCCCCUCCAGGCUCACAGCAGCAGCAGCAGCAGCAGCAGCUUGAUGCUGCAGGGCAUGAUGCAGCAGCAGCAGCAGCAGCAACAGCAGCACCUCAGGGGCCCCGAGGUGCAGCGUCUCCCCACGUAGGUGGGCGAGGCGGGUCCAGCCACAAAUCUGCUGCUUAUAAAUACGGCUCUCACGGAAAUAGGCAUCAACAGCAGCAUCAGCAGCAGCAGCAGCAGCAAUUCCAGCAACACUUACCGAUGAGGGGCGGCCCAUUUGGAGGAGGCGGCAAUAUGCAGCAGCAGCAGCAGCAGCAGCAUCAGCAGCAGAUGCUGCAGCAAGGGCCUUUAUCACCAAUGGUUGGGUCUAGCGCCCCAGCAGCAGCAGCAGCAGCAGCAGCAGCAGCAGCAGCUGGUGCAGCAGGAGCAGGAGUGGUGCCUCCUCCCCACCCGCCUUUGCCUCCAGUAUUGCCUGCGGCACCAGGAGGAGGAGGUGCUGCUGCUGCUGCUGCUGGGCCUUCAAGAGCAGCAGAUGUCGCAAGAGCAGCACAAAUACCCCCGCAAAUGAACAACGGAAAUGCAGGGGCGGUGGAUUUAGUCUGCCAGUGA